AUGCUCUUGUACUGGGGUCUCUGUCUCUUGAACAUCCCAGUCAAUGUCUGGCCAAGAUAUUAUACUGCAUUUAAUGUGGCCUCUGUCGCCUGGCUGAUCGGGUCCCUGGUAGUCACAAUCGGGGUAUGGUCUUCAUCCAGGUCCUUCCAAUCAGCCGACUUUGUCUUCAAAACAUUUGUCAACGAAACUGGCUGGGAGAUGGACGGCUUCGUCUUUAUCCUGUCCAUGGUCCAAACGACUUACGCCAUGACUGCAAUGGACUCGGUCCUCCAUUUAUCACAAGAAACAAAGAGACCCAGGUGGACGAUUCCGAGAGCGCUCAUCGGUUCCAUUGCCAUGUCGAUCCUUUUCUGUUUUGGAUUCGCCAUCUUCCUUUUAUACUCCCUCGCCGACCUCGAUACUCUGGUUGGAUCAUCUCUGAGGCAGGUUUACCUCCAGCUGUACGUCAAUGCCAUCGGGUUUGGCGGCGGCUUGGCUGUCGGCACAACCAUUUUGGUGAUACUGGGAAUCUUCUGUGGCACUCAGAUCAUGACCACUUUGUCCCGUCUCAUCUGGGCCAUGUCUUUACAAAGAGGGGUGCCCUACUCUGAUUACUUUUCCGUGGUUGACGAAAAGUCUGGGAUACCAUUACGAUCAUUCGCCUUUGCCUUUUUUACAUCUUGUUUGAUGGGUUUACUAUAUCUUCCCGGAGAUUCGACUUGGAAUGCCAUCUCCUCCAGCGUGGUGGCAUCCAUCCAACUGACCUAUGUCGCACCAAUCGCAGUCUUGCUUUACCAGAAAAGAUCCAUCUUACCAGCACGGAGCUUCUCGCUCGACAUAUUUCCAGGAGCUGGAGUGGUAAUAAAUGUGAUAACAGUUGUCUGGGGACUAUUUAUUGUGGUGGUCUCGUUUUUCCCAGUCUAUCUCCCUGUUGAUGCAAAUAACAUGAAUUAUUCGAUUCUUGUUUUUGGUGUUUGGGCAGCUCUGGUCGUCCCCUUUUGGUUCAUGUCAGCUUCAAAGAACUUUACCAUUAUGCCGGCUGUCUCAGAAGAUCUGGACGGGGAUGAGGGGGCUUCUAAUUAUCAAACAAAAGCUUAA